AUGUUGUCAACUAGCUAUUACCUCAUUAUUGUCGUGUUAUGCGGAUUGUUGCUCGCUUUGCAACGGAGGAGAGCGACUAAGAGACAAUUUGCGGGACUACCACGGGUUGGAAUUGAUCCAGGCUUGUUGGGUGUGCGGUUGAGAGCCGCGAAGGAUGAGUUUUUUACCCAAGGGCAGAAGCUAUUGGAACAGGGCUAUGAACAGUACAAAGACACGCCGUACAUCAUUCAAACAUGCGACAACGAGCGUCUCGUCAUCCCAGACAAGUACAUUGAGGAACUCAAGAAUCUUCCAGACACCCAGAUCAGCUUCAAAGAAGAGCUGUUAGAAAGAUUCAUGGGGAGAUAUACCAGGCUUAAUGCAGUCAGAAAAACGAAUAUCCAUCGUGACAUUGUCAGGCACCAGUUGACAAAAGGUUUAGGUGACCUAUUGCCGCAGAUGAAAGAGGAGGCAGACCUGGCCCUGAAAAAUGUCCUCGGUGAAAGCAACUCGGAAGAUUACGUUCCCAUUAAAGCGUCGUCCGUCAUCUUCGCUGCAAUCGGCCAAAUCACCUCUCGCCGGGUCAUUGAUGAACCCGCCAUCUCGCGUGACCCAGUAUGGCUCGAGACCAUCAUGGGCUUCACAGCCUCUGUCGCCAUAUUUUCAAUGACCAUGAGACCGAUCUCGCCUACCCUACGCCCCAUAGCUCAGUACUUAUUGCAAUGCGGUCGAAAGCUGCGCGCCGACAUUGCCCAAGUAACAAAGCUUUUGGCGCCAACAAUUAAACUUCGUCAACAGCAUCUCGCAGAUAAUAAUUCCAGAAGCUCGGAGAAAAGCGCCUAUCCGGUAGAUGAAGAUAACCAACCACAAGACUUCGUACAGUGGCUAGCUGAGUCCGCCCAGGGAUCGGAUGCACAGCCCGAAGCCAUUGUCAUGAAAAUUCUGUUCCUCAUCGUCGCAGCAAUGCACACAAGCGCCAUCACAGCCAUCCACGCCCUCUAUGACCUAUGCUCCCACCCAGACUUCAUGAAUGAGCUGCGAGCCGAGGCUCUUGAAGAGAUCCGUCUCAACGGCUGGUCAAGCACCGCCUUACUGCGAUUGCGGAAGAUGGACAGCUUCCUCAAGGAGAGCGGCCGCGUCAACUCCGCUGGGAUCGUUUCGUUUCAACGUUUGGUGAUGGCACCCAUCCGACUCUCCAACGGCUUCGUCAUCCCGGCGGGUACACAUAUAUGCGCCGCUUCCGACGCACGCUCGCGCGACCCCGCGUUGUACGAGUCGCCGACUGAGUUCCGGCCCCUACGGUUCUAUACGCCAUCCACUGGUCCGGAUAAGGAGACCGACGCCGCGAAUUUGUUCAGUUCUGUUGCAUCAGGAGACUCGUGGUUUGGAGCGGGUCGGCAGGCAUGUCCCGGUAGAUGGUAUGCAAGUGCCCAGAUCAAGUUGGUCCUGUGUUUGUUACUGGUCGACUACGAGAUCAAGUAUCCGAAGGGACAGACGGAGAGGCCGAGGAAUUGGGUCAAAGACGAGAAAACGGGACCAGAUAUGGAACAGAUGAUCAUGGUUAAACGAAUGGUGGAUGUUUGA